AUGAGCCAAGACGAAGCAGACCUUGUCAACGCGGGCAACGAGGUGGGGCUGUCAAACUUUGAGUCCAACACAACCUUAACCAACAAAGGACAAAUCGAAGAGGUUCAUCAAGACCGAGAAGAAACCAGUAAUGUGAACGACUUCAGAGAGCGAACCAAAGAUUUAAUCCCCCCUCAGACACAACAACGGGAAGGAGCCGGCAAUUCAAUCCUCCUCAGACAUAGACGAUCUAGCGAACGACUUCAUAGACAAAGACGACAAGUCAGAAUCAAACAACUCAGACGAUUAUUCAGUACAGGAGAAAGAAGCAACGGAUCUAGUGACUCGAGCCCUAGCACUGGAUCGGAUAGCAAUGAGAGCGACAAAGAGUCAUCAUCUAACAGCGAGUCAGAAGACGUGGAAAGAGAACUGCAGAAAGACAAGAAGAGAAAGAGAGCUUCGAAGUUAAGGAAGAAGCUAGAAGAAGCAAAGAAUGAAAUAAGACGUUUAGGCAAGAUAGCAAAGGUUAAGCCAUCAGACGCAGCAUCAAAGUCAAAACACCGAUCAAAGAAAGAUUUUGGAAAGAAGAAGCGUAGCAAGAAGAGCGGUAUUCAAGUAGAUAUAGGGGUGAUCCAAAAGUCUGACCUAAUCCAGCUCCAACCUUUCUGGAGGAAGCAAAUGAAGAAGUUAGAAUCAUCCAUUCCCCUUACCGUAUUUGACCAAGGCUUUGCCCUAUCAGAUAAAGAAGAGUAUGAGAAACAACAUCACUCAUCUUCGUCAAAGACAUCAAAAAACGAAGGCCUUGAAGCUCCUUCUGAAUUCAAGAUGACAUAUGGAGAAUGGACGGAAAACAUUAGCUUAUUCAAACGUUAUUUAGUUCAACACAAUCAAAAGAAGGUGGUAAAAAGAUUGAACUAUCAUAUCAAGAACGUAAAACAGGUGAAGAGAUCGACUGAAUGUUGGAUGACAGCCUUACAAUAUGAUAUCCUAUGUAGAAGACACAUCUUCGUAGAAAGGUUAGAAAAAGAACCAAUCAAAGAUAUCGGUACUUUCAUGAAAAAGUACAAAGAUAAGGCAAAAGACAAGUCGCUGACAUUUGGUGAGGCUAACGGAGGCGAAGUAAACCCGUAUGCGAAGGGAGGGAAGUUCGAAUGGAAACACCCUGAGACAGGUCAACCUUUGAAUCAAAAUUCUACAACAGAAGGCCACAACUCGGCAUCAGGACAAAGAGGGAGUGGCAAGUUCCAAAGACGAAGGAGAGGACCACGUUCAAAUAAAACGUUUACAUACGGUUUUCCCAGUCAAGGACAGAUAAAUGGUAAUGCAAGCACAAGCAACGUGAACGCACCGAACUUCCCAAACAACAAUCAAUCAACACCCUUUACAAACAACAAUGGCCAAGUAAGAGGGGGUAGAGGCACAUGGAGAGGUGUGAGAGGAGGAAUAGGAAGAGGUACGGGGAAGCAGACGCAGAGCGAGGCGUAA